CAAUUCGGCUCGCCUCAGACAUGUCGGAAAGCCAAGCGCCAUCUGUCUCAAAAUCUAGUUUGAACGAUUUGCGACAGUUUCGCAUAAAUAAAAAUGCAGCUGCCGCAGCUGCCAGCCUGGGCAGAACUGAGCGUGUGCCUGGCAAGAAGCGCAUCCAGGUGAUGGCCGACAGCGACAGCGACAGCGCAGACUGUCAAACGCCAAAAAAGCCUAAACUUGUGUUGACCGUCAAGGAAAAAGAGGAGCGUUAUAUGGCGGCCGCAAAAAUAAUGCCAAACUACGAUACGAUGGCAAUUCAAGACUCGCUGGCACGAUCUAAUUGGGACGUUGCAGCGGCAACACGUUAUCUGAAGGAAAACUGUAAGCCCAAAGCGCAAAAUGGACCCUUGGAUAAGGCGAAACUGAAGCCGAGCACGAAUGGAAGUGGAGCCAAGGCGCAUGGCAAGUCGAGUGGCAACUACUCGGACUACGACAACUCGGAUGAUGAUGUCAAGCAAUCCAAGGAUCAGGUGUACGACAGCGACGACAGUGACACCGAAAUGUCCACCAAAAUGACCGGACAGCGCAAGAAGGUGUUCCAAUUCAUGAACACGGCCAGCAUCAUUGAGCUGCAGUCGGUGAAGACGCUCUCGGAGAAGAAGGCAACAGUACUUAUUGAGAUACGACCAUUCAGCGACUGGGCGGAUUUGCGACAAAAACUGGAGGCCAACCGGCUAUCGGCGGAUCUACUUAACUACGCACAGGAUCUGAUCAACAAACAGAAUACGGUUGCAACCAUUCUAAGCAAGUGCAACGGUAUGGUGCAACGCCUGGAAACGGCCAUUGCCAAUGGUGCCGGCAUUGUGGAGCAGCCAAAGAUUCUAAGCAGCAAUUUGCAAUUGGCCGACUACCAGGUAAUAGGCCUUAAUUGGCUCACUGUGAUGCAUAAGCAGGAAAUGAAUGGCAUUUUGGCGGACGAGAUGGGUCUGGGUAAGACCAUACAGGUCAUUGCGUUUCUGGCCUAUCUUAAGGAAAACGGCCUCAGCAAGGGAGCACACUUAAUCGUGGUGCCUUCGUCAACGCUGGACAACUGGGAGGCGGAAAUCGCCAAAUGGUGCCCCAGUCUGGUAGUCGAAAAAUAUCACGGCUCGCAGGACGAGCGGCGAAGGAUGCGCGUACGCUUCGCCAAAGAUGGCUUUACCGGCUUUGAUGUUCUUCUCACCACCUACCAUAUAGUUGGAUCCACGCCCGAGGAGCGAAAGAUGUUCCGCGUUUGCAAGCUACAUUAUGUCAUCUUCGAUGAGGCCCACAUGCUGAAGAACAUGACGACUCAGCGCUACGUCAAUCUGAUCACAAUCAAUGCAGAAAUGCGCAUUCUGCUUACGGGCACGCCGCUGCAGAAUAAUCUGCUUGAGUUGAUCUCGUUGCUGUGCUUUGUGAUGCCCAAAUUUUUUGCCAAGAGCAUUGAGGACAUCAAAUCUUUGUUUGUCAAGAAGAACAAAACCGAUGGCGAUCAAGAGGAAGUGUCACAGUUCCAGGAGACACAAGUGCAACGCGCCAAACGCAUUAUGAAACCGUUUGUGCUCCGGCGUCUUAAAAAGGAUGUGCUGAACAAUUUACCCAAAAAGCACAGCUGUGUGGAAAAAGUUCCGAUGAGCGCCUCACAAAAGCAAUACUAUAAGGAGUUGGUGGAAUAUUAUUCAAACAACAAGGGCGAGAUCUGUGGCAGCAGCGAUCGUGCCGGUGUGGCAAUUAUGAUGGAAAUGCGACGCAUGGCCAAUCAUCCGCUGCUAAUGCGUCACUAUUUCUCAGACGAGCAGUUGCGGGGCUUUUCCAAGCGGCUGGCGCGCGUCAAUUCCUACAAGAAAACCAACGAGCAGUACAUAUUCGAGGAAUUGGCAAUUAUGUCCGAUUUUCAAGUCUAUCAACUGUGCAACAAAUAUGAACUGUACGAUGUCAAGAUUCCGGAUAGUUUGAUAUGUGAUUCGGGAAAAUUCCUCUAUCUGGAUACCCUAUUGCCAAAACUGAAGGAAGAAGGACAUCGUGUGCUGCUCUUCAGUCAGUUUACCAUGAUGCUGGACGUUGUGGAAGAAUAUUUAAGGAUACGGAAGCAUGGAUUCUGCCGAUUGGACGGUGCCACGGCUGUUAAAGAGCGACAGGAUCUGAUCACAGAUUUCAAUGUCGAUGACAAUAUAUUUGUAUUUCUGUUAUCCACUAAAGCCGGCGGCGUGGGCAUCAAUUUAACCGCAGCGGAUACCUGCAUAAUUCACGACAUUGAUUUUAAUCCCUACAAUGACAAACAGGCCGAGGAUCGCUGCCAUCGCAUGGGUCAGAGUCGUCCAGUCACCAUAUACCGUUUAAUAUCGGAGAGCACCAUUGAGGAGGGCAUUUUGAUGGCUGCCGAAGAGAAGCUAAAACUAGAAAAGGAUAUUACAUCCACCGAGAAGGGCGAGGUGCACGAACAGCGCUGCGUAGUCAAAUUGUUAACCAUGGCAUUGGGCCUGGACAAGGAUGAGGAGGAGCAAUUGAACAACUCAUUGAAUAACUCCCUGGCAGCAACUACAAAGUAGUCUGUUAAAACAGCCGCUAUAGCGACACACACUUUCCAUUUUCCAAGAACACUAUUUUUUGUAGCGUUUCAUUUACUUUUUUUUAAAUGUAUACUUAAAUUAUUGGCGGGCAAUUUGCUCAUAUCAUUUGCGUGUAUUUAUAAGAAUCAAUAUUGUAUUAAAUUAU